AUGCCAGCAACCAACUACAUGGCUGACGAUGUGCUUACUGAUCUAGAGUCCUAUUCACCAGACCAGGGUGGAUUGAUGCCUUUCACUGUAAAUUCAGAGGUUGGCCGACUAGAAGAUGGUGUUAACCGAAAGCUUAAGACAAUUUUCCCAGAAGGAAAACGGGUUCUAAGAUUUGCGAAUGUCCCCUCUGGUUCAAUAAGCAACCAAACAAAAGCUGAUAUUGACGCUUUCUCAUCGGAUUGGCCAGACUUCGAGCACCUAUUCCUCGAUGCCUCUUUCGGUGGCACUCUUGACGACGACAGGCAAUAUGUAUCGUCAUCGGUUGUUUUAACAACACCAUUCUCUCCCGGAAAGAUCACCAUAGUUUCCAAUGAUACAAAUGUAUACCCGCUGGUCAAUCCCAAUUGGCUCACCGAUCCUCGAGACCAGGAGGUGGCUGUAGCAGCAUUCAGGCAAGCACGCGCUGUCUUUACAAACAAUAAUGGCACCAGUGAAAUUGUAUUAGGCGCGGAAAUGUUUCUAGGCCUUGAUGUUUCUGCCUAUGCGUAG